AUACCAACAACGAAAAAAAAAAAAAAGUUGUUUAAAAAAUUAAAAAUUAAACAAUUCUUCUAACCAAAUGGAGAAACAAGGUCUGGAACUUGAAAUUACAGAGCUUAGAUUAGGUCUUCCAGGCGGCGGUGACAACAAGAUUAAUGAGAAGAAAAGGGUUUUCUCGGAUAUCUCAGCAGAUGAAGCGAAUGCCACAAACGAUGAUCGGAAAAUUCAUACGAAGAGCCAAGUCGUGGGGUGGCCGCCGGUGUGUUCCUAUCGGAAGAAGAACAGUUUUAACGAGAAAGAUCGCCUGGAAACAUCGAAAAUGUACGUGAAAGUUAGCAUGGAUGGGGCUCCUUUUCUUCGUAAAAUUGAUUUGGGGAUGCACAAAGGUUACUCGGAUCUUGCCAUGGCGUUGGAGAAGCUCUUUGGUUGUUUCGGCAUAAGCAAUCCAUUUGCAAAUCUUACAUUUGAAGGAGGACUUCUGUGUCCAAGGAGUGAACUUCCAAUUGAUCAAGCAGUAAAUGGUUAG